AUGAGUGAUUAUUCAAUUGGUGUUAUUGGUGAUGAAGAAACCAUAAAGGGAUUAAAAAUCGGUGGUGUGGAAGAUAAAGGGCAAAAUAUUAUUAAAGUUACUGAAGAAGAUUCUAAAAAGCACAUUUCUACUCAGUUUUAUUCUUUAAUAAAUAAUAAAUCAGUUGUAAUGAUAUUUAUUAGUGAAUUUGCAGCUGAUAAAAUAAAAAAUGAAAUUGAUGAUUAUGAUCGAUUUAUUCCAAGUAUAUUGAAAAUACCAUCUAGAAAAUUAUAA